AAUUGUCGGAGAAAUGUCUACGGAACUGUCGGAGGAGGAUUUGUCUGCACCAGAAGAAGAGGAUGAGGGACCCAACAUCGGACUUUACUUAGGUGGACGCAAUGCAGCCGGCCAGCGGCAUGGACGCGGAUGGGCGAUCCUACCCAAUGGGGAUCAGUACGAUGGAAACUAUCGGAAAGGCCGGCGGCAUGGAAUUGGUCUGUAUGUUUUUAGGGACGGAUCGCGAUAUUACGGUCAGUAUCGCUGUGGGAAACGUUGUGGACGGGGUAUCUUUAUUUACCCAGACGGGUCCGUAUAUGAGGGCAACUGGCGCAAGCACCUAAAACAUGGAAAGGGACGUUACAACUAUGACAACGGAGAUACCUACUCGGGCGACUGGUUUAAAGGGCAGCGCCACGGAGUAGGUAUUUACACUUUUAAUAGCGGCACAGAUGGAUGCUGUCUUUCAGUCCGAUUGAAGUCCACCUGGAAUAGCAACAUUCGAAUGGGUCCUUUUGAACUAUAUAUUGGGAACGAUGAUAGAUGCACCAUUCUACACGGAACUUGGGAUACUCUAUAUCCCACAGGACCUUCGGUUUUCAGCUUCAAUAAUCGGUACAUGCUGUUGGGAUAUUUCCUGCCGGCCAACUAUAACUUUAAGUCUAUUGGAAACUUGGAUGCAAUGGAAGAGAACGAAGACUAUGAGGAGCGGUUGGGUGAGGAGGAAGAUGACAACGGAAAGCCUAUGGCCGCCACAUUGUGGUUUGCCCAGGAAAUUGCCGUGUACGACUACUCUUUGUUGCCCCAGGAACCAGUGCCAUUGGCCAUCUCAGAUUCCGAGUUAUCCGUAUGCUCACUUUCCACCGUACCGAGCAUCCGGAGCGAGGAGAAGAUCAGCUGGUACGGCGAAGGAGAAGAGGCCGAAGGCGAGGAGGGUGGCGAAAUGGAGUGCUUUCCUUGUGAAUGCGAGUAUGAUCUUAGCGAGGUGGAAUCGGAGAGUGAAGUGUGCAAAAUCGAUGCUAAUCCAUGUGCCAUUGAAAUUCUCAAAGCACCAAAAUGCCCCGAACCCUAGUCUGUGGGCUUUGAAUCUACAAACUUUUAUUUCUAGUUCUUUUCCAUGUUUCUUCCACCAAGAAGCAUGUCAAUAAAUUUUCGUUAAAGCA